AUGCCUGAAGUGACAUUCAUUGAACCAGGACCAGACACUUUCCGCAUUCUUUUAACUACGGACAAUCAUGUUGGAUAUAUGGAGAAUGAUCAAAUAAGAGGCGAUGAUUCUUGGAAAACAUUUGCAGAAAUAUUAUCCAUUGGAAGGGAACGUGAUGUCGACUUUAUUUUGCAAGGUGGCGACUUAUUUCAUGUUAACUCACCUACAAAAAAGUCAUACUACCAUGUCAUGAGAUCUUUACGAGAACAUUGCUGGUGUGAUAAACCUAUUGAAUAUAAACUGGUGUCGGAUCCCAGUGAUGCGAUGGCGGCAAAACAUUUCACGUAUCCUGCUGAGUACGACAUGAAUGUAAAUGUGGGUAUGCCGUUAUAUGCCAUCAGUGGUAACCAUGAUGAUGCAACAGGUGAAGAGUUGUUAUCACCUUUGGACGUUUUGGGUGUGAGCGGUCUUUUGAACCAUUUUGGAAGAGUCAUAGAUAAUGAGCAAAUCAGUAUUUGUCCACUUUUGUUUAACAAGGGAAGUACCAAUCUAGCAUUGUAUGGAUUGCAUAGUAUCAGAGAGGAGCGGUUGAUGAAAACAAUGGCCAGCGGCAAUUUAGAGUUUUUGGAACCAGAUACAGGUGAUGACGGCACCAUCCAGUGGUUCAAUUUGAUGUGUAUCCAUCAGAACCACGUUCAUCGGCCAGGUGUGAAAGUGGUGGAGGAGACAUCAUUGCCCACGUUUUUGGACUUCAUUUUAUGGGGACAUGAGCAUGAUUGCAGGCCUGUUGCCAUGAGAAAUGACAUUACUGGUUCAUACAUUUUGCAGGCUGGUUCUUCCAUUGCUACAUCUCUAACUGAAGGGGAAACGUUGGACAAACAUGUGUAUAUCUUAAGCAUAAAGGGUAAGGACUUCUCCUUAGAACCUAUAAAAUUGAAAACUGUUCGUCCAUUUGUAAUGAAAGAUGUGAUACUAAGCAGGACAGGAUUGCGUGCUACGAGCUCAAACAAAAAAGAAGUCUUGAACUUUUUGAUGAUGCAGGUUGAAUUGAUGAUUGAAAAGGCCAAUUCUGUAUGGAAAGAGAACAAUGUCGAACUGUUUGAAGAAGGUAUUGUUACAGAAGCAGAUAUUCCGCUACCUCUAAUUAGAUUGCGAGUCGAGUAUUCUGGUGGAUACGAAGUUGAGAACCCUCGGUAUUUCUCAAAUCGAUUUGUGGGUAAAGUAGCUAACGUAAAUGAUGUUGUAUUGUUUUACAAAAAGAAGAAAUACCAGGGCCGCAAUGGGAGAAAACUUUUGGUUGAUAAGGGGGAAUGCGAAAGUGAUAUUGAUGAUGAAGUUAAUGACGACAAUGAGGAUCUGUUAGGUUUUGCUAAUGAAGAUGAAGAAAAUAACAUACUAGGAAUGAUCAACGAUAAGAUCAAUGAUCAAGACCUAAUCUUGCUGACAAAAAAAAAAGUAUCGGAAACACUUGAAAAUCUUGUUGAACAUGAUCAAGAAAGGAGUAUUUUGAAUAGGUUUGUACAAACGGAGGAGGAAGAGCAUAUUGACCUUUUAGAGAAACUCACCAUUGAGGAAGAUUCGGAUACUUUUGAGGGCUUGGACACUGGCAGUGUCAAAGACGUGAAGAAAAGUUUUAGGGAACUCGCAAAAAGAAUAAGAAUUGAAACACAGUUAAACACUGGAUCGUCUACGGUUGAAGAAAGAGUAGGAAGCGGAGAAUCAGCAGAUAGAGCAACCAAAACCGCUGGGCCUGUGCUGUUCAAUGCACAGAGCACAAAGGCGUCGUCGAGCAGGGUUGCUGGAGAAAUACCGGUUAAAGGAACCAGAACCAGCGAUUACGCUGUUAACUCUGAAUCUGAAAAAGAAGAAGAAGCGGAGCAUGAAACUAGAUCUGCCUUGUUUGACAUUCCUCUCCCCGAGUCUGUGAGGAAGGCAACUACACCAAAUCCCAGUAGGGGGAGUACAAGUCAGCGGGGAAGAGCCCGUACAUAUGCGAGACCAAAGACACGUGUGAAUGCCUUCAGGAAUCAAAAGAGUACACAGAAUUCACUUCUGGAUGUUCUAAUGGGGAAAAAGUGA